ACUUGAAAAUAGAAAUAUCAAUAUGAAAUAUAAAUAAAUAAAUAAAUAGGGGUGAGUAGAUCAUUGAAUUGUUCAUUCUGAAUCUGUUUGUUUCUGGUUUCUGAGAUUCAAAGAAAGAAGAAGAAAUCAAAGAAUGGAUGCAUUCACUUCGUUUUUCGAUUCAACAUCAAAUCGAUGGAACUACAAUUCGCUCAUGAAUUUCCGUCAGAUUUCUCCCAAAGUUCAAAAUCACCUCAAGCAGGUUUACUUCACCCUGUGUUUCGCCGUGGUUGCUGCCGCUGUUGGAGCUUACCUCCAUGUUCUCUUCCACGUUGGCGGUCUUCUCACCACUCUCGCCUGCGUCGGAACCAGUGUUUGGUUACUCUCAACACCUCCUCGUGAAGAGCGAAAGAGGGUUUCUUUGUUGUUGGCCUCAUCACUGUUUCAGGGUGCCUCUAUUGGACCCUUGAUUGAUUUGGCCAUUCAAAUCGAUCCAAGCCUCAUCUUUAGUGCAUUUGUGGGAACUUCCCUGGCCUUUGCAUGUUUCUCCGGAGCAGCUUUGGUGGCUAAGCGUAGGGAGUACUUGUACCUUGGUGGCCUGGUAUCUUCGGGGUUGUCCAUUCUCCUUUGGCUGCACUUUGCUUCUUCUAUCUUUGGAGGUUCAACAGCUCUCUUUAAGUUUGAGUUGUAUUUUGGGCUUUUGGUGUUUGUGGGUUACAUUGUAGUGGACACACAAGAAAUAGUUGAGAGGGCACAUCUUGGCGAUCUGGAUUAUGUGAAGCACGCUUUGACCUUGUUUACUGAUUUGGCUGCAGUUUUUGUCCGGAUUCUAAUUAUCAUGAUGAAGAAUUCAGCCCAAAAGAAUGAGGAGAAGAAGAAGAAGAGGAGAGACUAGUUCUCUCACCAAUCAGUUUAUUCGACGCUUUUUGUGCAUCUUGUUUAGUCUUUGCACUCUUUGGGAAAUGCAUGACAUAGUUGUGUAUAAAGUGUUGUCCACGUUCUUGAACUAGUAGUUCCUACUUGUGCAGUUGGUCAUGUAUCUGCUUUAUAUCAGACUAUCAGUAGUACAUGUUGACAUGUUUUUCUAGCUUUAUAAUAAGAGAUUCUUGCAUAA